AUUUAAUAACAUAAGCCCAAAUGAAACAUGCUCCGUGCCCUUAAACCCCAAAACUGAAAGCUCAGAAACCCUCGUCCUUGUCAUUUGGCUAGUUGAUACGCCGGAAACGCCAUGGCCAAGUGGUGGCGAAGCCUAAGAACGGUGGUUCAAUCUCCAUCACCACUACCGCUCCGAUUACAAUCAUUAUACUCACAAUCUUCUCUUUACCACACUAUCCAAGCCAUUCCCCGAGAGUUCACUGGUAGUCGAGUAUCUGCUCGAGAUAGAUUACAAGGAAGAAUACCGGCAGUGGUUUUAUCUCAAGGCCUUUUAGAUAAAAAUCCUAGCUCUCGAUCAAUCUCGAGAAAGCAGCUGCUGACUACUGAGAGGAAGCAGAUUCAUUCCAUUCUUAAAUCUGUUGAACUUCCCUUUUUCUGCUCCACCACCUUCCGCCUCCAGAUCCGCGCCGGGUCCGGGUCUUCGGAGGUUCUUGAUUCUGGAACCAUUUUACCCAUCAAGAUACAUAGGGAUGAGGAGACUGGAACGAUAUUGAAUUUGGUGUUUGUUUGGGCCGAUGAAGGAACUCAGUUGAAAGUUGAUGUGCCCAUUGUUUUCAGGGGAGAAGAAGAUUGUCCUGGUCUCAAGAAAGGGGGACAGUUAAAGAGGAUAAGGAAUAAUCUGAAAUUUCUUUGUCCAGCUGAACACAUUCCUCCGAAAAUUGAGGUGGAUCUGAGCAAAAUAGAUAUUGGAGAAAGUGUGUUAAUGACGGACGUUGAGGUUCAUCCAUCACUAAAGCUUCUGAGUAAGAAUGAGAACAUGCCUAUAUGUAAGAUUGCAUCAACGGACUUGUUUAGCCCAGAACCAGCACAAGAACCAGCACAGGAAUGAACAUCAGCAAUUUCUGGAGAUUCAGUAAGCCUGAAAAGGAGAAGCAUUGGAAUAAUAAUUUUUUUACUUUCGCUCGGUUAAGGCCAUGGUGCAUUGGGUUUUCCAAAUCGGUCAAUGAUGUUAGUCUUUGGAGCAUAAUUUGACAUGCACGAAUCGGAUAUUCUCAUUAGCAUGUUAUAAAAUACUGCUUUGAGCCUCACUUUAUGAGGCAGUUGUACUGAAAGAAAACCGCUUACUGAAUAAUAGUCCAUGUAUUAAAUGAAACAUGCAAGAUUUGAGGUGGCUCUUCACCACUUAUGUUGUUCCUUUCAACAGAAUUUUGAUCUACAUAUGAGAAUUAAAUUUGUUACAUUUA